AUGGAAGUUGCUCCGAAAAUGUUAAAAAGUGAAUUGCACAGUGAAGAACUCAACCAAAUAUCUAGUAAACCAGUGAAAAGACCUUUUGACGUGGCUUUUUUGAUGUUACCAGACGAAAAACUCCUGCAGAAACAGAAACUACAUAAAAAUUUCGAAAAUUGUUGUAGUAGUACGGAAGAAGAUGAAGAAAUCGACGUUAUAGAAACGCCUCGUGAGUAUAAAAAGUUGUUUACGCAAAAACAACAAAUUUUCGACGAUCCCAAUUUGGUUAAAACGAAAUACGCAGACGAACUUCGAUCGAAAACUUUAUCAACUUCCAACGAUCAAAAAAGCGCGUUCACUAAAGUUAAUUUAUUCAAAGAAUCCUCCAGACUUUCUCCAAGUUUAAGCACAUCUCCGGAUAUAAGUUACCAAAGCUCUUUGAGUCCAUCGCCUCCUAUAAUCAAUAAAACCUACCAAAAUUUCACAACGAUAUUAUCACCUAAUCAAAUAUUCAAAAACCAACAAGCGGCAUAUCAAAAUCAAUUUCUACAAGAAAGUUUCCCCACAACCGGCGCCACCAAUUUAGAAAACAACUUUUUCAAAUCGCAACCCGACCUAAUCCAACCCAAUUACGCCAAAAUCAGACCGAUAUAUAGACCAGAUCUACCCUACAGUUAUCCGCAGUUUCCCAAUCCGGAAAUGUUGAAGAUGACACCGCCGGAUAUAAGAAGCCCCGCCGCUGCUAUUCUAACCUCACUUCUACCGCCGUCUUUAGCCGCGCUAAGUUUACCGGCUCAAAAUAUUUGUGCCAAAUGUAACAUCUCAUUCAGAAUGACUUCGGAUUUGGUGUACCACAUGAGAUCCCAUCACAAGAGCGAAGCUGCCGAAAGCACGAGGAAAAAACGCGAAGAUAAAUUAAAAUGUCCCGUUUGCGCAGAAUCCUUUAGGGAAAGACAUCAUUUAACUAGACAUAUGACAGCUCAUCAAGAUAAAGCCGAAGAUGAAACGAAAGAUAAUAAUUGUGUAAAGAAAGGUUUUUAAAAAAAAAUUGUUUUCUAACUAAUCAUUCCGACGAUAUUUUUCUAAAUUCCAAUUUUUUUGUAAUUGAAAUCGUUCAAAUUUCAAAAAAAAUUGUUAUACAAGUGAAAAUUACAUUUUUUUAUAUCAUUAUGCUCCUUAGAUCUAUAAAUAAAAUUUUGUGUUGCUUGGCCUACAUGAGAAAUAACUUUUAUUCUCGAAAUUACCAUUAAUUUUCAUUUUAAAACAUUUUUUGACGAACCCAAUUGUGAAAAAGCGUACUUGUCGGAAUUUGUUUUCUCGCUGUACAAUUUUAAAUUGUAGAUAUGCUGUAAAUAUAUAAGAAAAAUGAAUAAAAUGUAUGUAUGUACUUUUUCGGAAGUAGAUAAAUGUUUAUAACGUUGUUAUAAUUAUUAGAAUUAAUGUUACUAGACAGUAUAAGCGGUCAAACGUGUAUGUUAAAGCAAUAUACACUGAAAAAACUGUUCACGAACGUAAUAUUAUCGAUGAUGUACAAUAAUUCUUUUCAUUUCAAAAAAUUACUUUAAAAAACUGUAUAAAGUCUGUUUAGAACGAAUUUAGAGAAUAA